AUGAAGGCGACGCUCCCUCUCCUCCUCCUGCUGGUUGUGCUCGCCCCCGUCGUGCUGGGCAAGGGCGACGACUCCAUCACCACCGAGGUCACAAUCCUGUCGUCGACAUGUCUCUCCCUGCUGGACCAGGUCAUGGCAUCCUACACGAACGCCGUGGAGCCCUACACCGCGGGGGGCUGCAACACCACCUGCCUGAAGGAGUGCCACCAGGUGGUGCUCGACGGCAUCUACGCCACGUACCAUCAGGACUGCCCUGAGCAGAGCCAGCUCGUCUACUGCUUCAAUCGCUUCCCGGCGACAUGGGCACAGUACGCGACCCUGUGCGGCCUCUUCUCCCUCCAAGACACGACCGCGGAGGCGUCUGCGGAGGCGGCGGCUCUCGCGGAGCCCUCGGUGUAUAACGCCUCGCGCUCCGUGGCCUGGUCGGCGCCCAGCGUGUACGACACCAACCUGCGCCGGCUGAUGGCGCUGACGGCCGAGGCCGAGUCGGAGGGCGGCAACGUGGGCUGCUUCCCCGCCUUCAAUGACAUCGACUCUUUCCGCGUCUGGAUGUCCGGGGAGUACUGGUCCAACAUCUACAGCCCGCCCAGCAACGCCGGCGGCAUCGCAGUCAGCGUCGUCUUUUGGGUGGCCCUUGUGGCCCUGGGCUUCAGCACCAAGGGCUGA